CGGGGCCCCCGCAGCGCACUAGGUCUCGCCGCCCGCCGCGCUCUGCCCGCCGCCCCGCGUCCCAGCUCGCCCAGCGUCCGCGCCGCACGGCCCAGACUUCAACAGACCUCACCAAAAUGCCAUCUCAAAUGGAACAUGCCAUGGAAACCAUGAUGUUUACAUUUCACAAAUUUGCCGGGGAUAAAGGCUACUUAACAAAGGAUGACCUGAGAGUACUCAUGGAAAAGGAGUUCCCUGGAUUUUUGGAAAAUCAGAAAGACCCUCUGGCCUUGGACAAAAUAAUGAAGGACCUGGACCAGUGCCGGGACGGCAAAGUGGGCUUCCAGAGCUUCUUUUCCCUAAUUGCAGGCCUCACCAUCGCGUGCAACGACUAUUUUGUGGUACACAUGAAGCAGAAGGGAAAGAAGUAGGCAGGACUGAGCAAUUACUCUACCCUGAUAAGAGUUCUCCCAAAGGAUUGCUUAAGAACUCUGCCCCACAGCUUCUCCCUGUGUAAGGAUCUCAUGAGCAGAUCAGGACCCUUAGAAAAUGUACAAAUAAAAUCCACUUCCCAUUUGACGAGCAGAGAAAGAAAAGUUAAUUAAAUGCCAGAUAAGCUUUUGAUUUUUAUAUUGUUUGCAUCCUCUUGCCCUCAAUAAACGAAGUUGUUUUUUAGUUCCAACUUUAA